AUGUUCAAGUUGGUCACCUUUGCCGCUGCAUUGGCAGCUGGUGUUUCUGCACACGGCGACCAUAGCCAAGAGGCUUUCAAGGAGGGCCCUCACAAGUCUUUGUGGUACAAUACCCUUCCUGGUGAUGGUGGUACUCAGGCCGAUUCGGUCUUUUCUGGUAUUUCGACUUUUGGUCGUAUCGAGUACCACCCCUGCCUAGCUAGCGAUGCCAGGAAGUACGACAUUGCCUUUAUCGGUGCCCCCUUCGACACUGGCACUUCGUACCGUCCUGGUGCCAGAUUCGGUCCUAGCGGUAUUCGUCAGGGUUCGAGACGUCUGAACCUUUACGGAGGUUUCAACGUCCCCCUCCAAGCGAACCCUUUCAAUAGCUGGGCCACUGUCAUCGACUGUGGUGAUAUCCCCGUGACAAGUUACGACAACGAGUGGGCUCUCAAGCAAAUCGAAGAGGGCCACAACAGCAUCCUCAUGCGCGAGCCCGCCGCAAACGCACACAUGACUGGCCCCAGCAAACACGGCAAGACACUUCCUCGCGUCAUUACCCUCGGCGGAGACCACACUAUCACGCUGCCUCUUCUGCGCUCCAUGAACAAAGCAUACGGACCCAUCACGGUCAUCCACUUUGACUCCCAUCUCGACACCUGGAAGCCAAAGGUUUUCGGAGGCGCACCCUCCAAGACUGCCUCUAUCAACCAUGGUACGUACUUUUACCAUGCCGCAAUGGAAGGGCUACUGCGCAAUGAUACAAACAUUCAUGCUGGUAUCCGCACAACCCUCUCGGGCAUGUCCGACUACGAAAACGACGGCUACUGUGGUUUCGAAAUCGUCGAGGCUCGCGAGAUUGAUACGAUUGGAAUGGAUGGUAUUAUCAAGAAGAUCCACGAUCGUGUUGGUCACGAUAACCCUGUCUACCUCUCCAUCGACAUCGACUCGCUCGACCCUGCCUUUGCUCCUGGAACCGGUACCCCUGAGACAGGUGGCUGGACCACCCGUGAGCUCCGUACCAUCAUCCGUGGCCUGGAGGGCAUCCACCUUGUGGCCGCCGAUGUCGUCGAAGUUGCGCCUGCUUACGAUACCAAUGCCGAGUUGACCACCAUGGCCGCUGCCGACGUUUUGUACGAAGUUAUGACACUCAUGGUCAAAGACGGCCCCCUCUCCGAGUUGUCGGUCGACAGCAAGAAAGAGCUGAAGUAG